CUAAAUGAAGCGGUCCGGGUUUUGAUUCCUUGAGUCUAGUGGGAGCGUUGAGUGCAAAAUAUGGCCUCCUUUCCCUAUCGCCUCCUCCCCCUCCGCCUCCCCUUCCUUCGCCGCCAGCAAGCCUUCGCUACCGCUGCCGCCUCUCGAGCGGUCGCCGUAUUUUGGGACCUGGACAACAAGCCUCCCAAAUCCAUACCUCCCUACGAUGCAGCCGUCCGCCUCCAUCUCGCUGCCGCCUCCUUCGGCCCCUUCCGCUUCUCCGUCGCCUACGCUAACCACCACGCCUUCCGCCACGUUCCCGCCCCCGUGCGCUCUGCCCGUGCACCACGUCGGGCAGGUGAUCGGCGUGAGGCCGCUUCCCCCUCCCCCGUCCGUUACCUCUGCCGCGUAUGCGGUCGCCGCUUCUACGUCCACGCCAACCUCAUCAACCACUUCCACCAGAUCCACGAGAGCGAGCAGGAGAAGCGCCUUCGACGAAUUGAAUUUGCCAAGGGAGGACGCAGAGUCCGGCUAGUGGGUGCGCUCUCGUUGAAAAUGCAGAAGUAUGAGAAGGCCGCGAGGGAGCUGUUGAACCCAGAAGCCGGAUACUGCCUCGCCGAUGAACUACGCAGGGCAGGGGUGGUGGUCCGGACAGUGGAGGAUAUUCCAGUAACCGCCGAUCGCGCGCUGAAGGAUCAUAUGAUGGAGGCGAUGGAUCGGGGCAAGGUUGGGUGCUUAAUGCUGGUUUCGGAUGACGCGGGAUUUCUUGGGGUGAUAAGGGAGGCCAGGACGAGGGGCUUGAAGACGGUGGUGGUAGGCCACGAGGCCGACGGAGUGCUGAGGAGGUGCGCCGACGCUUCAUUGUUGUGGAAGGACGUGGUAUCGGGCAAGGCAAAAAAGGCGGCGCCAACUACGGUGGGUAAAUGGGUAGAUAAGGAUUUGCUGAAGAAAUUGGAGUGGCGAUAUGAACCAGAGGAAGAAGUGGUGGAGGAGGACGAGGAAAGCAAUCUUCUUGACGAUGAUAGUGAUGCUGGAGAUGAGGAAGAGGAUUGCUUGGCUGCCAUGGGCAAGGGACAAAAGAAGCCUUGGUGGAAAUUGGACUCAGAUUCCAGUGAUCGACGUUAGUGAUCAUCUUGGGAAAUUGAGAAGAGUUAAUCCCAGAAUUGCUGUUCUGCCAUAGAAUAUACAAUUAUCUGUUACCGUCCAAAUGUGGAAUGAUCUCCAGUUUUCUUGUUUAUAAUUGGUCCCAAAUUAUGAAACUUUGUCUCUGAAUACUAUCCACGGUGAAGGCACAUAUAUCUGCAACGAUCAGAGAUGGUGGCUUAUGUCCACAAAUUUCUGCAAAUAAGAAUCUUGAUUUUGUUUCAGGAACGUUACAAGCUAAAGACUUCACACUCAUAGGAACUUCAAGUAGCAGAGUUACCCACCCAACUCGGAGAUGCUCUGCAACGACGGCUGCCAUGGCCGACCUCUGCUCACCAUCUCUACACUGUUCUUUUGCCGACCCCUCUCUUGCUUCAUCACCUGCAUCAUGCAUCACCACUAACGCAUGUUACUUGAGCUAGCUGUGAGAUAAAGAUUAGAAAUGUUUGAUUCAUCUACCUGCUGUGGAUUCCCCUGCCUCUUCUUCACGUCCUCAUUCUUCUUCACCCUCAGAGCCACUGCGACUUCUGAUGCAAAUCCCUGACCAUAAGCUUACAUUGAUCCAAAAGCCAAA